CAAAACAUAGCAUCAACAAUAAAGGAACAACAAACACUAUUAUGAAACUAGUAGGAUAGACAAACUUGAUGACACUGUCUAUAUAUCUGUCUAUAAAACCAUAUGAAGCAAAUCAAUUAGUCAAAUUCCAAACUCUUUUUAAAGACAUCACAUCCUGGAUGUCAUGAAACUUAAAUUGCAGUUCAGGCUCUAGAAGCCAACACCCUCCACACAGGUCACUAUGAACCAUGUCUUAGCUGCUAUUGUACAUGUAUAGGCUGCUGGAGGAUGUCCUUCAUACAGAGCUCUUUAUUUUUCUAUCGAUUUAUCCUGUCAUCGUUGUUCUACAUGUAAAUAACUUUGCUUCUUUUUCUCCCCUAGUUGUGCUUCUCCUUUAUCUUUCUCUAUCCUUAUCUACAUGUAUCAUCAGGCUCAGUCCUGAGUGUCCUACCAUCAUGUUUGUGUUUUGUAGUUGUUGGCUGCAAUUAAAAGCUGCUUGCUUUUCUAUAUGUGGCAUUUGUUAGGUUUUAGUUGUGUGAGGUCUUGUACCUCACAUUGUAUCGUGAUUUUUUUUACUUUUUUUAUGUUUAGUUUUUUAUUAGUUUGUCUUUCAUUUUAGUGUGUCGAUCAAAUUCACUUGCAGUGAUGAAUAUAAGUUUGUCAAGUUACAUAAAAAGUAAUUUUUAUUGGAGUAGUACUUUUGUACUUCAGGUUCAUAGCGACGUAUUAUUAAUCGUGCAAGCAGCGCCACCUGCUGGCGUCUGGUCGUACCGACACCACCUGCCACGGAAACGGCUAAUAGCAACACUUGCUGUUUCACGGAGGACAGAAAAUAUGACGUGGGUGUUGGAGGGUGCAGCCAUGCCUGCCUCUCUGCUGUGGGCAGUGGAUGUGUACGGACGCAUCUACAGCCUGUCCACGUCAGGGCAGCAGUGGGAGCAGUGCCAUGAUGCCCAGCUGGAGUUUAAGCGAGUUGCAGCGACUCAGCAGUGUUGCUGGGCUAUCGCCUGCGACAAUACAAUCUACCUGAAUCUCUACCCCUCGGACUUGCCUGUCCGCUGCAAGGAGGAGACUUAUGAAAACCAACGAUGGAAUCCUGUUGAUGGUUUUUCAGAACGCUUGUUGCCAAGCGACCGCUGGCAGUGGAGUGAUGUUACAGGUCUUCAGCACCAACCUCUGGACAGCUUCAGGCUUCCCUCCAACAGCUGGGAGUGGGAGGGAGAUUGGUACAUUGAUGAAAACUUUGAGGGAGAGCCCACGGAAAAAAGCGCAAGGAUGGACCUAUGCCAUCGACUUCCCUGCCUACUACACUAAAGACAAGAAGUGGAACUCCUGCGUCCGUCGUAGGCGAUGGCUCCGUUACCGAAGAUACAGAGCCAUGGACACUUGGGUUAAGAUUCCCUCACAGCAGACUACGCUACCUGAUCCUUUCAGCGACAUAAGCUGUGGAGCUUGGGAGAUCAGUGAAGAGUCCAUGGGCCACCUUUCACUCUGGGCUGUUUCCCUGCAAGGCAAGGUGUGGUUUAGAGAGGGAAUCUAUUAUCAAAAUCCUGAGGGCUCCUCGUGGGAGGAGAUUCCUCCUCCAGGGGAGGUGGUCCAGAUCAGCUGUGGCCCUGGAGACCUGGUGUGGGCAGUAAUGUGGGAGGGGCAGCUCAUUGUCAGGGAGGGCAUUAGCAGGGUUUGCCCCAGAGGUACACCAUCUCACUUACUAAGGUCAUUAGUGUUUGGGCGGGAUUGUGUCUGUGUUUGCAUCUGUUUCAGUAUUCUUUUCUUUAACCUAGGUACUUCCUGGACGGUGGUGGAGUCUCCCAGUCCUGAUGUAGGAGCUAUACAUGUAGCUGUAGGCACCAGUGUCGUUUGGGUCGUGACAAAAGACAACAAAGUGUGGUUUAGACGGGGUGUGAAUUCCUACAAUCCCUGUGGCUCUGGAUGGAUGAACAUGGUUGGGGAAAUGAUCAUGAUCAACGUAGGACUCAAUGACCAGGUGUGGGGUAUCAGCUGUGACGAUCGAGCAGUGUACUUCAGACAAGGAGUGACCUCCAGUGAGCUGAGUGGGAAAACUUGGAAGCUCAUCAGUGUUCCCCGAGAUCAAGAUCGAGCCCACUCCAGUGCCAGCACAAACAGUACACAGAGUGCUGGAUGUUUUUUCAGUGGUGAGGUGCGUGCUCAGUCUGCAGUGAGUGAUGUGGAAUCAGACACACAGAACGUAUCUAUAGAUGAAGCCAUCUGCCUUGUCACUUCUGCCUCACCCGAGUCCAUUGUUGAUGCUUCUUUAGACCAAUCCACUGACACACCCAAACCAUGCAUUCCCAAAGUCACCAGCGACAGCUUCAUCUCUGAGCUUGUUUCCGAUCGAGAACCACUGAAAUCCACUGAAACAGACGUCGGAUCUGCCGCUCUGGCUGUUCUGGUGGACGAGAUCAAAAGCCCUUCUGUUGGGGUAUCUCCUGACCCUCAGUGGAGUAAUGUAGAAUUAGAGGAGGCACGUGCUCAGCAGGUGCAGGCUGGAGCAAUGCAGGACUCUGCUGAUACAUGCAGCUUGUCUUCUGUGGCUACAUACACUCUGGCAAUGGAGGAUUUGUAUGGAGCAGAUGAGCACCCAUUGUGGGCAUGGGUGAGCGGAGGAGGCUGCUCUGUGGACAGUCACUCCCAGCUCAACUGGUUCAACUGCUCAGUGAACACUUCAUUGGUCCUCCCAGUCCAGUCUAUGAGUUUGUCUGUCACCUCAGCCCAGAUGUCAUCAUGGAGGAGACAAAUCUUUGAACAGCUCAGUGAAAGGACCAAGAGAGAAAUGGAUAAUUUCAAACAUUAUGAACAAGCUAUAGAACAGGCUGUGUGGGUGAAAAAGGGAAGCAUGCAGUGGUGGAGAGACUGGAAGCCAUACAGGUGGAUAGAUGUUAAUUUUGCCCUGGAGCAGUUCUCAGGACCAGAGGGCACUAAAGAUGGCAUCCUUUUUAUUUAUUACAACUUCUAUGAAGAGAAAAAGUACAUACAUGCAUUCAUCAACGAGGUCACCAUCCUAGUUCCUGUGUUGAAUGACUCCAAACACACUUUUGCCAUCUACACUCCAGAGCGAACAAAACAGAGGUGGCCAAUCAGACUGGCAGCAGCUACAGAGCAGGAAAUGCAUGACUGGCUGGCAUUGUUGAGCUUGUCAUGCUGUCACUCCCGGGGGAUCCACGGUCCUCCAUCCAAACAGGCCAUCUGGUCCAUCACCUGUAAAGGAGACGUCUUUGUCAGUGAGCCCUCUUCCAGUCUGGAGGCCAUGCCAUACCCCACCCCCUGUGAUCAGAUGUUCUGGCGGCAGAUUGGAGGUCACCUGCGUGUAGUGGAAUGUAACAGCGCUGGCAUAGUGUGGGGGAUUGGCUAUGACCACACCGCAUGGGUCUACACUGGGGGCUACGGAGGGAGCUUCCUCCAGGGACUGGCCAGUAGCACAGACAACAUUUGCAUGCAGACAGACAUCAAGAGUGUCUACAUCUACGAAAACCAGAGGUGGAACCCGGUCACCGGCUACACUAGCAGGGGCCUGCCUACUGACCGCUAUAUGUGGAGUGAUGCAUCAGGGUUACAUGAGUGCACCAAGACUAAUACCAAGGCUCCCUCCCCUCAGUGGACAUGGGUGUCCGACUGGGCGAUUGACUACAGUGUUUCUGGGGGAACAGACAGAGAAGGCUGGCAGUAUGCAACUGAUUUUCCAGCGUUAUAUUCUGGCCAUAAAACUAUGAAGGACUUUGUGCGUCGGAGGCGUUGGGCCAGGAAGUGCAAAUUGACCACAACUGGACCCUGGCAGGAAGUUCCACCUAUUCUACUGAGUGAUGUUACAAUCCUGCCGUGUCCAGCUCAAAGCAGUGUCGAUGUGGUUCCUCUUUGGGCAAUUAGCAAUAAAGGCGACGUCCUUUGCCGACUGGAAGUUACCACACUGACACCUGCUGGAUCAUCCUGGCUCCACGUGGGAACUGACCAGCCUUUCAAGUCAAUCUCAAUUGGAGCUGCCAGUCAGGUUUGGGCCAUUGCCAAAGAUGGUUCUGCCUUUUACAGGGGAUCGGUCACUCCACAGAGUCCAGCAGGUGACUGCUGGUACCACAUUCCUUCCCCAGCCAAACAGAAGCUGAAGCAGGUGUCUGUUGGGAGGACGUCAGUCUACACUGUAGAUGAAAAUGGCAACCUGUGGUUCCGAGUGGGUGUUACUCCCACCUAUCCUCAGGGCUCCUUCUGGGAACACAUUUCUAAUAACGUGCGGAAAGUCUCUGUGGGUCCUCUGGACCAGGUAUGGAUCAUAGCAGACAAGGUGCAGGGCAGUCGGAGUCUGAGCUGUGGCACAGUGUGUCACCGACUCGGAGUCCAACCUAUGGCCCCUAAAGGACAAUCAUGGGACUAUGGCAUUGGGGGUGGAUGGGACCACAUCACAGUGAGAGGAAACUCAAUAGAGCCGCCUCGGAUCUGUCUUGCUUCUUGCACAGAGUCAUCAGCCUCCGUCCCUAACAGCCACCUUCCCGUUUAAGAAAACAGAGGUCAAAGACUGCUGAAAAUUGUUUGACAUACACAAAAUACUCUAUGUAGCCAUCCUAAACCACAUUACAUUUUAUCACAGAUCUAUUAUAUGUACCUUUUGCAAUUUGGACUAAGAACUUAGCUGACAGGGUUGUGAUGUUUGGUUUGAGCAGAACAUGUUUAUAAAAGUUGUAUGUUUGUAUUUCAAAAUGGAUAUAACUAAGGUGCUCAGCUGCUAAACGCCAGAGCUGCUAUUGUGUGCAAUUAGUGCUAUUGUGAAACGUUUAUGGUUCAACAUUAGCACAGACAAAUUGAUAACUCAACAUCCAGGCUGCCUCUUUUUUCUGAUAAUAUGAUAAACCCUUUCGUUCUGCAGGGAAGGAUUACCCACUUGCUACUGUAGUCUUAUUUUAGUACAUGCUGUAGUACUGUAGCUGACUGCAUUACUUCAGCGCUACAGCAUUGGUUCAGUUUACCUAUGGUGGGGUUGAUCUUGUACUUUUAUUUUUUUCUAUUUUUGACGUGGGUGGCACAUGCACAAUUAUGACAAUUUUAAAUGUAGAAAACUUUAGACUACUUGUAAAAUUCUAGUGCAAAAACUGAACCUUCCUCUUUCUCAGGAAAAUGUUUUUGUUGCUUGUCGUACUUCCUUUAGACACAGUGGUAUGACUGAGCAAUUUGAAAGUAUUAUUAAUCUGUAAGAUAAUAUUCUAUAGUAGGUACAGUGGCUUUGUAGUGAUACUUUGUCAAGUUAGUGUAAUGUUUGUACAUAUCAAAGAGCAAUUGUUUAAUAUACUUACUCAUAUAAAAUAUGCACCCUCACAAUAGGAUGAGACUCAACAGUUGCAUCUCUAGCUUUAUGUUAAUAGCAGCUCAUAUUCACUGUGUAUAACUCAUGUCAUGGUGUGUUACCAUAGAGUGAAAAACUCUAACAACAAUCCAUAUCAAUAAAUAAAUGUCUUUAUUGAUAACUG